AUGUCUACCACGCCACAAGGCUCUGCAUCAAAUCAAGACGAAAUAACUUUAGUUACAACAACUACAGCUACAACUCUUACAGUGUCUGAACCAGAACAUACGAUUAUUAACGAAGAUAGUGAUAGUCGACGUCACGAGGCAUUUGAUUUGCCUAAGUCAAAAAAAUUUAAAUCAUCAACAACACUUAUUAGUAACGGUAGUGAUCCCACCAUCAUGUCAUCAAAUAAUAAUUCAACAAAUCUUGUUGAACCUAUGGAACAUACCAAUGGAGAAAUGAAUUAUAAUGGGAAUAGUGAGAAUAAUAAUUCACAAACAACACAACAAACGACAACAUCUUAUCAAAUGGCCGGCGUUCUACAACAUCAAACGUCCACAUCAUCCACAAAAACUCCUGAAAUCGAUGAAAGCCUUUAUUCUCGACAACUGUAA